CCCUCCCUAUUGUCUCGUUCUUCUGCAUUUGGGUAUUUGACGCCUCGGACGAUUUUCAAUUCUGAAGAAUCCACCAUUUCCCAUUCACAUUGCUACUGCGAAAGAAACCCGCCGUUCUUGCGACUUCGAGCAAGAAUGGAGCAGCAGCACAGGAACCAGCAUAAAGAUGUGCAAGAACGACGACAAGAUGAUCUUGAGGAAAUCCAACACGGCCCUUUCCCGGUGGAGCAACUCCAGGAUUCUGGUCUAUAUACUGUGGAAUCAGUCAUGUACGCUCCUAGAAAGGAUCUUGUGCAAAUAAAGGGGAUCAGUGAAGCUAAAGUUGACAAAAUUAUAGAAGCAGGUUUGUCCUUUUCAGUUCUGACCACAUCCUGCUUCACUCGCUGCUGCAACUAUGCAUAUCAGCAAACUAAUCUUACUAACACCAACCAACAGCUUCAAAAUUGGUGCCCUUGGGCCUUGGGGUUCACUUGUGCAAGCCAACUCCAUGCGCAGAGGCUUGAAAUCAUUCAAAUAACAUCUGGAUCAAAAGAACUUGACAAGGUCUUGGAAGGUAGGGUUUAAUUUCUGGACGGCUUAUUGCAAUUUAAACAUGAAGGAAAGAAAAUUCGCAUGAUUUAAUGAAUUAAAAAAUAUCAUUUGAAUUUGAAAGAGUUUUAAUCAAAUUUGAAAUUCAUCCAUAUUCUCCAAGGUAAAAACCAACCCUAAAAUUUUUGCUUUCUAGACACAACCAAAGAUUAUCAUUCCUUUUGAGUAUUGAGGUGCAAAUUAAAUGAUGAAUGAUAAUGGUUGUGAUUAAUCACCUGGUCAGGGCAACUGCAAAACCAGAUGGCUGGAUGGGGUUAGAUGUUGGAAAUGAUACAAUCAAAUAUUUGGGGAAGCUUUGGAUGCCACCCAAACAAUUCUUCUCCAACUGGUCACAUCUCAUAAUUAACUACAAAGUGACAUUCUUAUGUUUGUUAAUUGUGUAUUUUGUGAGGCUCAUGUCUUCCCAUUUUGUCCUAUACAGACGCCUUUUGGAUGUGAAUGAGAGAAUGACAUUCUUCUUGCUCCUCUAUUACGAUGAAUAACACAAAAGCCAAUUCUCCUGCAUAUCACAAUGUCCAGUUCUCCUUAAGCUGUACGGUGAUUUCCUCUUGUCCAGCAUUCAUACCUUCCCGGUGAAAUAGGCAUAAUUUUCGCGUGUCCCCUAGCAAUGGAUUACAAUCCUUGGGCGAUUCGAAUUGUUAGCAUAAUCAACCCCCGAUUUCCAGAUUCUUGGCGGUGCGUAUCAAAUGUGCAGAUUUCCCGGUAUGAUUGAUACGUUUUUUCUGAUUCCUCGUCUUGUAUUUAUGGAUCCUUCCCUUAAUAAUCCCCGGCCAAUUAUUUCAGUAUGCACGUUGGGCUAUUUAUAUUCGAUUUUGGAGAUGGAAUGAGGCACCAUCUCCAAGAUUCCUCCUAGGUAUAAUCUUAUGACUUCUUUGGCUUGUUCUUCUCUUUGUUGUUUGUUUCUAUUACUGAAAGAAGGGUCAUUUCUCACCUACAGGUAGGGCUGAUCCUGCAAUAGUUUGGAAAAUCAUUCUUCAGGUAAUUUAAAUUACACGUAUUCAAGUCAAAAAAUUUGAAGGGCCAAGUAGGAAGAGUAGCACACUGAACGGGUUGUGUGAAAAUAUUGUAUUGCCUGAGCGCAUUAUCAAUGUCGGCAAGGAUAGAGAAACAAAAGUUGAAGUGGCAAGCCGAAAACGGCUGACAUUUGAUGA